AUGACGAAUCUCGAAAAUACCGAUAUGGAUAUGAAUAACUCCCCCGAUAGAAAUACAUACAAAGCUGAAACUUCUCGUCAACGUGCCAGAUCAAUCAUUAGAGAGUUUAGUUUAAAUACGUCGACUCACGGUAUUCCUGGUAUUGCACGUAGUCAGACUGUGACAAAUCGAAUAUUUUGGACGAUAAGUACAAUUAUUUUUGCUGGUGUUAUGACUUAUUUUAUCACAGAAUCGAUUCUAAAUUUCUUUCAAUACCCUACUCAAGUAUCAAUAGGAGUUGUGGAUAACCCCACUCAGAACUUCCCGGCUGUUUCAAUUUGUAAUUAUUCGCCAUUUCGCUAUGAUCUAUUUAUGGACGAUUUUUUAAAUUAUACCAAUACUUCGAACAUUACCUAUUCAGCAAAUUCAACAUUAGCGGAACGAAAAGUGAUGCAAAUUCAAGAAUUUGUUCGUUAUAAAUUAAACCGAAAUGAAUCAGUUACUGAGUAUUCAUUCACAUUGGACAAUCUGUUGAUAAAGUGUACAUUCAAUAAUCUCGAGUGCACCAAAGAAGAUUUCAUCUCAUUCUCUAAUGCGCUUUAUGGCAAUUGUUAUACAUUUAACGCUAAAUCCCCUUAUAUUAGGAAUGGCUCCCUAUACCACUUGGCUGAGAAUGGUGUUUGGGGAAUUUUACAACUGGAUUUUUAUGUACACAGUAAUCAAUAUGUUCCAUACUGGUCCUCUGGAGUUGGAAUGAUAGUUCAAAUCCACGAUAAUGAUCAGAUACCUACAAUGCGAUGGAAGGGACAAUAUCUCAUACCAGGACGACUCCACCGAAUGGUUUAUACUAAAACAAUACAGACUCACUUGCCAGCACCUUAUUCCGAUUGCAGUACUGAAGUUCCAUAUGCGCUACAAGUUGCAUUCAAUCAUUUCAGUAACGGUAGUUAUGCUUACGAACAGUUUAUAUGUGCUACAGUUUGUAUACAAGCGUAUGUUUACAAAAUGUGUGGUUGUAUUGAUCCGACUGAAUGGACCGCUCGUUAUAUUGCGGUACCAGGUACCGAUAAAGUAAUAAUUGCGCCCGUGUGUAAUGAAAAUGAUACUUGCUAUAGAAAAGAACUUGACUUGAUAAAUAAUAACUAUGAUCUAUGGAUAGAAAACUGUCCAACAUGUCCAUCAGAAUGCAAUACUGUGGAAUUCACAGCAAAACUAUCAUCUCUUCUGGCUCCAUCACCAUGGUUGCUAGAUGAUCUUAAAACGAAAGUUGAGGCACUCGGUGUACACUUACCCACUAAUUGGUCGACUACAUGGCAGUCUGAUCUUUCUCAAAACUAUGUUGGCUUAGAAGUGGUCAGUGAAACUACUCGAGCUCAAACGCUCAUAGAAUCAGCAUCAAUCUCUCCUGUAGAUCUCCUAUCUAACGUGGGUGGUCAAACCGGCUUAUGGAUUGGUAUCAGUUUUCUUUCACUGAUGGAAAUUGCCGAAAUGAUCUAUCGCCUCAUUCGAUCCAAAGUUUACCAACUUUUGAAUAGAGAUCAGCAGUCCUCAUCGGCAUAA